AUGAACGCCGACGCAGACUCUCUCCCACAGAAGUCGUCUCCGAAUCGCCUCCUGCGGUCCGCAUUCAAUGCCCAACCACCGAGCUGGAAGGCGGAGCUCCCCGACGUACCCGUUGUUCUCAAACCAGUCAACCGCACCGUCGCAAGCCCGGAGCAGGUCACCGUCCUCCGCGCCUGGUACGAGAAAACGGGCCCAGAACCGACGAAGGCGGAGAUGAAUGAGGCGUCGUCUGAAACUGGCCUGAACCCGAAGUGGAUUCGGAACUGGAUUGGACGACAGCGGCGGAAGAGGCCGUCACCGACCAAGAGCAAAGGGACGCGGAAAUACUCGUUGAGCCCGAAGCCCACGCCCUGGCCGACGCACGGAGACUCGAGGGGUACUGGGGCUCAAGUUGCUGGCUGGCCCAUGGAGGCGGAGCAAUUCUCACCACCGUCGACGGCCACAGAGGAGACUUCAACCGACUCACUGAAAGCUCAACCGCUUCUCAUAGGCAACCCUGUUUCUCUGUCUGCACCGCCGUUUGGCUGUGGCGAACCCUCUGGCGGCAUGGAUGCAUCUGGACAAUUCGACUCGGACUUACCUCCAUCCGAGCUCUCUGAUGCGGCCCGUCUGUACGAUGACGUGCGUUCUCGUCCUCCAAACGAACGUCCGACGGUGCCGUCCGUCGCUUCCGACCCCCUCGCCCCUCGAACGUUGCGCGAAGCAGAGCUCGUCGCCGCAUAUAUGAACUCCUGCUCCGCCACUGCGCCCCUAGACACUCUCGUCAUGCCCCACCUAGACCUCGAUUUCUCCUGCGACCCCACGGUCUCCCAGCUCGCGUUCCUGCAUAGUGUUCUCUACGAGCCCUUCCAACCGUCUCCCGCUUUAGACGUGCCUCUCCCCCUGCCGGUCAACGCUUCGGAUGACCUGGACUCGCUGUCUCAUAUGCUGCCGAUGGACAACAUCCCUGACCUUUGGUACCCGCCACUCGACCCGUCUACGUCCACGUCCACGCCCACGCCCGAGGCGGAGUCGGCUAUUGACCAUCCCGCACACACCCCAGUGGCGUACCAGAUAGAACUCUCGAGGUUGGCGACAUGGUACAAGAGCAUGCAAGACGCGGGCGCAAGUGUCUCCUUCGGGGAGUCUAGCUCACUGCGCGCUGUGGCGAACGCUGUUGGUGGUACAUACGUGUCCUUGGUGGAUCACCAUAUGGACGACGUCCGCCGUUGUCUAGAGAAUGUCAAUGCAACGGCUGACACUCCUCGUUCUCUGCAUUCCUCCGGGUCCAGCGUGGACGGGGACAGCGAGGAUGAGGAGGAAGCGGUUACGCCGUCAGAGGAGAUGCAGUUCACGUUUGGGCUUUUCGAGGAGUACGAGUCGUCCGCUUCUUGGGCGCAGGAAAAGGGCAAGGGUGUUGAAGGCGCCGGCACUGUAUGA